AUGCCUUCCACAUACAAAAGGGAUAAGCCGUGGGAUACGGACGAUAUCGAUAAGUGGAAGAUCGAAGAAUUCAAGCCCGAUGACAACGUCGCCGGUAGUUUUGCGGAAGAAUCGUCCUUUGCAACCCUGUUCCCCAAGUAUCGCGAACAAUAUCUGAAGGAAGCUUGGCCAGUGGUGACGAGAGCGUUGGAGAAGCAUGGAAUCGCCUGUACGCUGGACUUGGUGGAGGGUAGCAUGACUGUGAAGACUACUCGUAAAACCUUCGACCCUGCAGCCAUUCUGAAGGCUCGUGAUCUGAUCAAGCUGUUGUCGAGAAGCGUACCCGUUCAACAGGCCCUGAAAAUCCUCGAAGACGGCGUCGCAUGCGACAUCAUCAAGAUCCGCAACCAAGUCCGCAACAAGGAGCGCUUCGUGAAGCGCCGACAGCGGCUCCUCGGUCCCUCCGGCUCCACCCUGAAAGCGCUGGAGCUGCUCACCAGCACCUACAUCCUGGUCCAGGGUAAUACGGUCGCGGCGAUGGGUCCGUACAAGGGGCUGAAGGAGGUCCGCCGGGUGGUCAACGACUGCAUGGCCAACAUCCACCCGAUCUACUACAUCAAGGAGCUCAUGAUCAAGCGCGAACUGGCCAAGGACCCCACGCUCGCCAACGAAUCCUGGGACCGGUUCCUGCCCAACUUCAAGAAGCGUACGCUGUCGAAGCGCCGCGUUCCCUACAAGGUCACCGACAAAUCGAAGAAGGUGUACACACCGUUCCCGCCGGCGCCGGAAAAGAGCAAGGUGGAUCUGCAGAUCGAGUCCGGCGAGUACUUCCUGUCCAAGGAGGCCAAGGAGCGCGCCCAGAAGGAGGAGGUUAUGGAGCGGCAGCGCCAGAAGCGCGAGGAGAAGAUGCAGGAACGGGCCAAGUCGUUUGUUCCGCCCGAGGAGCUGGAUGGCGAGGAGAAGAAGAAGAAGGAGAAGAAAGAGAAGAAGAAGCGGAAGCGCGACGCCGAGGCGGAGGUCGACGACGGCUCCGAGAAGAAAGAAAAGAAGAAGAAAAAGAAGAGCAAGUCCAAGGACGCUUCUUCGGACGGCGAAGCAUAG